GUGAUUGAUGUCUCCCUGUUCAAUUUCUUUUUCUUUGGAAAAUUUAUGAAUUUGUCACACCAUAACCAUUUUGAUAAAAGAAAAUGACAAGAAAAGUAAAUAAAAAGAGAAGGCAAGGGUAUAUUAGGAAGAAAACCCCAGUUUAGAGUUGAGAGAAGAAGUUAGCCCUGUGGUUUGAAAUUAGUAAUUGUUGAUUACCAUAAACUCGACGCAGAGACCGCUCUAAAGUCUAAAGCCCAUCUAUUUAUAUACAAAAAUUCAGAUUUGUGUUUCUUCAAAGUAGAGAAAAUCUGAUUGAUUGAUCCAUCGAAAGCUAAAGCGAGAGAGAGAUUUAAGUUUGUUUGGUUAUGUAAUGCAUCAGAAGAAAUCAGAAGUACAGAUCGGAAAAGAAAGCAGUGGCGUCUCUUCCGAUUUUAACCCUACUCCACCGCUAUUUGUUUUCCCUUCAAAUAUUCAUCAAAAACAUCAAUCUGCGUCUGAAACAACGGCCUCUACUAUUCAAGGGAUUCGCCAAAUUUUGAUUCAAAAGGACCCUAUUACCCCUUCUUCUCCUUCUCCUUCUCCUUACAAACGUCCUCAACAUUCUUCGUCAAUUUCUAAAACCUCUACUUUGUAUCAGUUGAGGCCUCCUCAAUUCAAUUCUCACCGACAAAACCCAGCUUUUAUUUCCCUCCCAGUUGCUGCCAAAUCAGCUGUUUUUCGUCUCCUUCGCCGUUUUAAACACCUUCGCCGUCUUAGAGUUCAUCUUCGUUUAAUCCUUUUAUUAAGUCUUCCAUUUUUUUAUUUCUUGGUUUCACAUCCUAGUCAUUCUUUUUUUCUGGAUUUUCUAUCUGCUUUCGCCUUCUCAGCAGCUUUGUUGUUCUCUCUAAACCUCGCACGCCCUCGAUUGCCUUCAAUUCGCUUGUUCUUAGCGCGUUCUUUCCCUAUCAAGCUCGCCUCAUCUCCUACAGUUACUAAACCCCCUUUACCUGUGUUUUGGUCAAUUGGGUCGCGCCCCAAAUUGGACAAAAGGGUAAAUUCUGGGUGCUGGGUGCAGGUUUAUAGCAACGGGGACGUUUAUGAAGGUGAGUAUCACAAAGGGAAAUGUUCAGGGAGUGGAGUGUAUUAUUAUUACUUGAGUGGGAGAUAUGAGGGGGACUGGGUUGACGGAAAGUAUGAUGGGUAUGGAGUUGAGACUUGGACCAGAGGCAGCCGUUUUAGAGGGCAAUAUAUGCAGGGACUUAGGCAUGGGUUCGGUGUGUACAGAUUUUAUACUGGAGAUGUUUAUGGAGGGGAGUGGUCUAAUGGCCAAAGUCAUGGUUGUGGAGUUCAUACUUGUGAGGAUGGAAGUCGAUAUGUUGGGGAAUUUAAGUGGGGUGUCAAGCAUGGCCUUGGCCAUUACCAUUUCAGAAAUGGGGACACAUAUGCUGGGGAAUAUUUUGCCGACAAGAUGCAUGGAUUUGGUGUCUAUCGUUUUGCCAAUGGGCAUCAGUACGAAGGAGCAUGGCAUGAGGGUAGAAGACAAGGGCUUGGAAUGUACACAUUUAGAAAUGGGGAAACCCAAUCUGGUCACUGGCAAAAUGGAAUUCUGGAUGUUCCAAGUACACAGAACACCACUCAUCCUGUAUGUCCUGUUGGUGUUUAUCAUUCCAAAGUACUUAAUGCAGUGCAGAUAUCGUUUUACGAUCAGGAAGCACGGCGAGCAGCAGAAAGAGCUUAUGAUGUGGCCAAGGUAGAUCAGAGGGUUAAUAGGGCAGUAGCAGCUGCUAACAGGUCAGCAAAUGCAGCUAGAGUGGCAGCAGUUAAGGCUGUCCAGAAACAAAUGCAUCAUAAUAACAAUGACUGUGUCCCCAUUCCAGUUGUGUGAGACUCUCAUGAACGGCAUCAUUAUUAAUAGAAUUAGGUAAGAUGUUAGCAAUAGGACACAUCUUCUCUGCAGAGUCUAUCUUUAUUUAAAUGGCUGUAAAUGGAAGGUUCUUCCAUAUACUGUCACUUGUAAAGGAUAGAGAUAAUCCAUGAGGAUCAUAUUUUGGUCAGUCCUUUUUAAAACAUGUAUACACAGUUGAGUCCCUUCAAGAAUAGGGAGUGGAGAGAGAGCAGAUGUAAUGGUUACUAUGGAUAGUGCAUAUUUGUUUUUGUAUCUUUGUUACAUUUUUGUAAAGUUAGAUGUAAUGUAAAUGCUGGAGCAACCUCGACCCAGCUUUUGUUAAAUGUGAAGUCAACUGCUGAUUCUGGUUCGUUACAAUCGAAUAUAGUCAUGUUUAUAUGA